AAAAUCUCGAGCCAAGUAAUCCCAUUUUGUCUUCUCAAAGGAAGAGAAGACUUCGCCCCAAAGCAUAACUUAACCUCCUACUUAUUUGUGUUUCGAUGGCCAAUUCGAUCGAUUCGUUCGACUACUCUCUAGAAUAAUCGAACUAGUCAUCUGGAUCGACAAGUGUAGCUAGUUCAACUGUUGGUUCAACCCGGUUUGAUUCGGUCCGAACCGGGUUCGAAAGCAUUUCCUUCCUUUGUCUUUCUUAUGGAUAAAAAUGACACGUGUACGGUGCUCAUCCACGACGGCGGCGGCGGAGGCGGCGACGGGCGGCGCUCCGACGACGAUGACGACGAGGAAGAUGGGUGCGCCGACGGCCAACUCAUCUACAUCCUCAACCUCAUCCUCAUCGGCACGGCGCGGCUCAACGUCCUCCUCCCCACCGCCACCAUCCUCGCCUUCGCCAUCUUCGCGCCGCUGCUCAGCAACGACGGCCGCUGCGACGGGCUCCACCGCGCCCUCACCUCCCUCUUCCUCGCCGCCUGCGCCGCCUCCUGCGUCUUCUUCACCUUCACCGACAGCUUCCGGUCGCCGUCGGGGCGGCUCUACUACGGCGUGGCGACCCCGCGCGGCAUCUGGCCGUUCAACGCGCGCCGCCGGGGAAAGGCCGGCGCGCCGCCGGACGCCGCGGCGUACCGCCUCAGCUGGCCCGACCUGUUCCACGCCGCGCUGUCGCUGGCGGCCUUCAUGGCCUUCGCCGGGCUCCACCGCGACGUGACGGAGUGCUACGGCGUGAGGCUGCCGAGGAAGGUGACGAACGCGGCGCCGCUGGCCGUCGGAUUCGCCGUCAGCGUCGCCUUCGUCGUGUUCCCGUCGAGGAGGAGGGGCAUCGGCUACCCCUUUCUGUUACAGAAGGACGCAGCCUUCUUCAAGUGAUUAAUUAGGGGCUAAUUAUAUUGAUUAAGCUUAAGACAACACAUAAUUACUUAAUUAUGUGUUUAUUUCACGACAAUGUAGUAAAUUAUU